AGGCAGCCUCAGACAUCCACGCGCAUCUUCCAGCAUCAGCAGCACCGCUAUAUAACCAGAGCAUCCCAUCGGCGCAGCAACAUUAGUCUACAAUCCACAGGACUUCCCACACCACGAGGGGCAUGAAACUGUCAUAACAAAACAUUCAACAAAUCUUAGAGUUGCAACAUGACAAAAUCAUACACCGAGGAAGGCAUGAUGCUUGAGUCCCAAAGCACCACAAACUGGACGGACAAGUGCCACAACGGUGCCCAGGACGAGCGAGACGCAGAGAAAAUAAACGAGCCCAAUCAAGAUAUGGAGGACGACGACGACGUGGAACUCAACAGACUCGAUGAUGAGGAUGACGGGGAAGAAGAAGAAGAAGAGGAAGAAGACGGCGAUGACACAAAGCCGAAAAGACGAGGACCCAAGAAGAAGAAGAUGACUAAAGCAAGGCUGCAGAGAUUUAAGGUGAGGCGCAUGAAGGCGAACGCCCGGGAGAGGAACCGUAUGCACGGGCUCAACGAUGCGCUCGAGAGUCUGCGCAAAGUUGUACCGUGUUACUCCAAAACGCAAAAGCUCUCUAAGAUCGAAACGCUUCGACUGGCCAAAAAUUACAUCUGGGCAUUAUCCGAGACCCUCAGAUCGGGAAAAAGUCCGGAUUUGAUGUCUUUUGUGCAGGCCUUGUGCAAGGGUUUGUCGCAACCGACGACCAAUUUGGUUGCCGGAUGUCUCCAACUGAACCCCAGAACUUUUCUGCCCGAGCAGAGCCAGGAGAUGCCUCCUCAUAUGCAAACAGCAAGUGCUUCCUUUUCCGCUCUUCCCUAUUCCUACCAAACGCCUGGUCUUCCCAGCCCUCCUUAUGGUACAAUGGACAGCUCUCACAUCUUUCACGUGAAGCCACACGCGUACGGGAGCGCACUGGAGCCGUUUUUUGAAACCGCGCUCACGGACUGCACUAGUCCCUCGUUUGAUGGACCCCUUAGCCCACCUUUGAGCGUCAAUGGGAACUUUUCCUUCAAACACGAGCCAUCCUCGGAAUUCGAGAAGAACUACGCCUUUACCAUGCACUAUCAGGCGGCGGGUUUGGCUGGAGCGCAGGGACACGGGGGUCUUUACGCGGGCACUACGCAACGCUGUGAUAUACCGAUGGAGAACAUUAUGUCAUAUGAAGGUCAUUCUCAUCACGAGCGUGUCAUGAACGCCCAGCUGAACGCGAUAUUUCACGACUCAUGAUUCUAAUGGACAUUUUUGGGACUUUGUCAUUAUUGCUCGCCAUGGUAUUCUGUUAUCGCUGAUGCAAAAAGAGCAACAACAUUAUAUGCUUAAUCUUAUGUACGUAUUUAUUGUUGUUACUGCCUUUAGGAGAAAAGAGAAUUCACAUAUUCUCAUUCACCUUAUGUAUUGUAUUCUAUAGCGCUUCUACGUUGCGGUCACAGGUGGGAAUACGCGUGACCUUCUUCAGAAUGUGUUAAUUAUCCAUGCUACAAAGUCACAAGCAAUAAUUUGGAAACUAUGCAAUUUUUAAUCGUAUACUGGGCCAAUCAUAGAAAUGAAUAGAGAUGGCUAUAUUUUUCAACCUAUUACAUUUUACUACUUAUCUAACCCAUACUGAAUUAUUUUGUUGUGAUUUUGUAUAGAAUUGUUAAUUUUUAUAAAGUCAAAUCCCUGCACCAUUCCAUGCAACCCCCCAUGUUAAUGUUUUAUAAAACUGAUUUAUCUCUUGUUUAUAUGAACAGUACUCAAUCUAGUAAUAACCAGCAGGCAAGUGCUUCAAAAUCUGUAACGUUGCCUUAGCUAUGAAUUCCUGUAAAAUUAUGCAGAGUUGCACAAUUCCGAUCCACUGAAUCCAGUCUAAAGUUUCAGCUAACAAUCAGAUCAUAUAUUCUUUAUCAUUUCAGUGGACAAUGUGAAUUGCUUGAGUGCUGGGAAAAAUGGUGUUAGAAAAGUCUCGGUGUUGUACAUAAAAGCUUGACUAUCACCUUUUUUAAAUUCACCCUGUGUAAAAACUGAAAAAGAGAGGCCUGUCUUUCUAAGAUGGAAAAUAAAUAAUGGACUGAAUUAGUCUGCUCAAACUAAUCGGUUAUUUUCGACUGAAAUGUUACUGUUUGCGAAGGAACAACAAACAAAACAAACAAGCAUAUAUGCAACCAAAAAAGUCGAUGUUUGGUUUGCUUUAAGUUAUUCCAGUUUUGUUGAGACUGUUGUGUUUGUGUUUAUCAGCUCAAGAGAUUUAAGGAAUAAAACAAAUUUUAACAUA